AUGGAUUUAAGCCUUACCAGACACGCCGCUGUGCUGCUUUUCGUUUGCGGGUUUCUAAAUGUGCUCCAUGGCUCCAGAGGAGAAAUCCCACCUAAACCAACCGCCGCUGUCACCAUUCUGCCUCCCGUUAAGCCUGACAAUGGACCCCAGGCCUACCCAGAACCCGCAAAAAACAAUUUACCAGUGUUUACAAUGGAUUAUCCAAGGAUACAGAUACCCUUUGAGAUCACCUUAUGGAUGCUGCUUGCCUCAUUUGCAAAAAUUGGUUUUCAUGUGUACCACAAGAUCACCAUCUGGGUGCCAGAGUCAUGCCUUCUCAUCUCUAUCGGCCUGAUUGUGGGGGCCAUCAUGCACUCGGUGAACGAAGAGCCCCCCGCGGUGCUCACCAGCAACGUUUUCUUCCUUUACAUGCUGCCCCCCAUUGUCCUCGACUCGGGCUACUUCAUGCCCACCAGGCCCUUCUUCGAGAACUUUGGCACUGUUCUGUGGUUUGCUGUGGUCGGAACCCUGUGGAACAGCAUCGGCAUCGGGAUGUCCCUGUUCGCCAUAUGCCAGAUCGAGGCCUUCGGCGUGAGCGACAUCAACCUCCAGGAGAACCUGCUGUUCGCCGCCAUCAUCUCGGCGGUGGACCCCGUGGCCGUGCUCAGCGUGUUUGAGGACGUGUCGGUGAACGAGCAGCUCUACAUCGUGGUGUUCGGGGAAUGCCUCUUCAACGACGCCGUCACUGUGGUGUUGUACAGCAUGUUCACCUUUGUGGCAGAGAUGCCGGAAGUGGAGCCUGUGGAUGUGUUCUUGGGGGUGGGGAGGUUCUUCGUGGUGGGACUGGGCGGCAUGGCCUUCGGUGUCUUGUUUGGCUUCGUGGCUGCCUUCACCACCAGAUUCACCUCCAAAGUCAAAGAAAUCGAGCCACUCUUCAUUUUCAUGUACAGCUACCUGGCCUACCUUGUGGCAGAGCUUUUUGCCAUAUCGUCCAUCAUGGCCAUCAUUACCUGUGCUCUCACCAUGAAGUACUACGUGGAGGAGAACGUCUCCCAGCGCUCCUGCACAACUGUGCGACAUGUGGUCAAGAUGCUCGGCUCCAUCUCGGAGACCCUCAUCUUCUUCUUCCUCGGCGUUGUCACCAUAACAACUAACCAUGAGUGGAACUGGGGCUACAUCCUAUUCACCUUGCUGUUCGCUUUUGUGUGGAGAGGUCUGGGUGUUCUGGUGCUGACUCAGAUCAUAAACCCCUUCCGGACCAUUCCGUUCAACAUGAAAGAUCAGUUUGGUCUGGCGUACGGAGGCCUGCGAGGUGCAAUUUCAUUCGCAUUGGCCUUCACGCUUCCUGACAACAUUAACCGCAAGCCGCUCUUUGUCACUGCCACCAUUGUCAUCAUCCUCUUCACCGUCUUCCUUCAGGGCAUCAGCAUCCGACCUCUGAUUGAAUUCAUCAAUGUCCGCAGAACCAAUCGCAACGUGGACACCAUCAAUGUAGAAAUUCACUGCAGGCUCAUGGAGCACACAAUGGCGGGCAUAGAGGAUCUCUGUGGACAGUGGAGUCAUUUCUACUGGAAAGACAAGUUUAUGAAAUUCAAUAACCGAGUCCUUCGUAAGAUCCUCAUCCGUGACAGCAGGGCUGAGUCCAGCAUUGUGUCGUUGUACAAGAAGCUGGAGCUGCAGAACGCCAUGGAGAUCUUGGACACUGUGUCUGGAGACAUCAGCGCCGCCCCGUCUGUGGUCUCUCUCAAUGAAGAAAAAAGAGGUUCCACUAAACCCAAGAAGAAGCUGUUGGCUGCUGAUCUGAGGAACAUGCACGACAUCCUGUCCAAGAACAUGUACAAAAUCAGGCAACGGACGGUGGCAUUUACAGGCAAGCAUUCCCUUCCAAACGAGAGCCAAAACAAAGAGAUUCUGAUCAGACGGCAUGCCAGCAUCCGGCGAAGCCUCCGGCCUGGAAGCUUUCAGUCAUCGAUCGUGCCCAAGUCACAGAAGUAUUUUUCACUUCCUCCUGGAGAGAGUUUGGAUUCCAGAUUUCCUCCCACAAGGCUGAGCUUUGCAGAUAACCAGGAAACCAUGUCUGAAGUGGCCUAUCCCCCUCGACGCUCUCGAUUCAGCAAACCCAAACGCUCCCCCUCCGGAGCCAUGAUGCCGCUGCGCAGGCUGAACACCCUGAAAGAAGUGCCCUCUGUUGACUUUCUUGACGAGAGGAGCAAAAGUGGAGACAGGUCCCGAACGCCCUCCUCCCAGGACGAUAGCCGCGCUCCGCCCCCUCCUCGUUCCAAUGGCUCAGAAGAUGACUUUACAAAGGACGCCCACGAGGCAGAAGAGGAGGAGGGACGGCAGCAGCCUUCGUCUCCACCUGCAGCCUGGGCGGCCGAACCCAGAGACGACACACCUCGAAACCCUCUGCUGAAGCCACCGCAGCGGAACCAGAAGUAG